AGGGCGGAGGCGCGGCCCCGGGAGGGAGGAGCUGCCCGCGCGCCCGCCGCUCGGCUGCACACCCGCUGGAGCAGCCCCGCCACGAGACUCUGACAGCGGCGCGGCCCGCGCGGCUCGGGAGCGCAGGGACCGACGGACAGCGGCGGAAAAGGAGGACGCGAGCGCUGCGGCCGGGAGCCAAGUGCGGGAGGCGCGCGGGGUCGGCGGCGCGCAGAGAUCCCCCCUGAAGAAGCUGGGAGCUCGAAUCUUCCCAUCCCUGAGGACUAGGCCAGCCAGAAGAGGAGGAGAGAAUGGCUUGGGGCUUACCCAGGGCUGAGCAGUGAGUCGCAGCUUCUUGGACCUGGAGCUCCGACUGGGAGGCUAUACCGUUGGAGUGACUCAAGAGGAAUUGAUGCUCUGGCCCCCAGCGACAUGUACAUGGUGUAAUGACAGGAAAUGAGCUGGUUUGCAGAAAAACCGGUGGCCUGAGAUUGAAGCCUAAGGAGUCGGUGCCUGGCUCUGGCUGAGAACAUGGCCAAUGACAUUGAUGAGCUUAUUGGCAUCCCUUUCCCCAACCACAGCAGCGAGGUGCUGUGCAGCCUCAAUGAGCAGCGGCAUGCAGGGCUGCUGUGCGAUGUGCUGCUGGUGGUUCAGGAGCAGGAGUACAGAACGCACCGCUCGGUGCUGGCUGCCUGCAGCAAGUAUUUCAAGAAACUCUUCACAGCCGGAAGCCUGGCCAGCCAGCCCUAUGUCUAUGAGAUUGACUUUGUCCAGCCUGAGGCUCUGGCCGCCAUCCUGGAGUUUGCCUACACCUCCACACUCACCAUCACCGCCUCCAACGUCAAGCACAUCCUCAACGCUGCCAGGAUGCUGGAGAUCCAGUGCAUCGUGAAUGUGUGCCUGGAGAUCAUGGAGCCUGGCGGCAACGGUGGUGAGGAGGAUGACAAGGAGGAGGAUGACGAUGAUGAAGAUGACGAUGAGGAGGAGGAUGAAGAAGAGGAAGAAGAGGAGGAAGAGGAGGAGGAUGACACAGAGGACUUUGCUGACCAGGAAAACUUGCCUGACCCCCAGGACAUCAACUGCCCCCAAAGCCCCUCCGAGACGGACCAUCUCACAGAGAAGGCCUACUCAGACACACCCAGGGACUUCCCCGACUCCUUCCAGCCAGGCAGCCCUGGCCAUCUGGGAGUGAUUCGGGACUUCUCCAUUGAAUCUCUGCUGAGGGAGAACUUGUACCCCAAAGCCAACAUGCCUGACAGAAAACCCUCCUUAUCUCCAUUUGCCCCAGAAUUCUUCCCACACCUCUGGCCAGGGGACUUUGGUGCCUUUGCCCAGCUGCCUGAGCAGCCCAUGGACAGUGGGCCACUGGAUCUAGUCAUCAAGAACCGCAAAAUCAAGGAGGAGGAGAAGGAGGAACUAGCCCCACCACCACCCCCUCCCUUCCCUAGUGACUUCUUCAAGGACAUGUUUCCCGACCUGCCUGGUGGGCCACUGGGCCCCAUCAAGGCAGAGAAUGACUAUGGUGCCUAUCUCAACUUCCUGAGUGCCACCCACCUGGGGAGCCUCUUCCCACCCUGGCCGCUGGUGGAGGAGCGCAAGCUGAAGCCCAAGGCCUCCCAGCAGUGCCCCAUCUGCCACAAGGUCAUCAUGGGGGCUGGGAAGCUGCCUCGGCACAUGAGGACCCACACCGGGGAGAAGCCGUACAUGUGCAGCAUCUGCGAGGUCCGCUUUACCAGGCAGGACAAGUUGAAGAUCCACAUGCGGAAGCACACGGGGGAGCGGCCCUAUCUGUGCAUUCACUGCAACGCCAAGUUCGUGCACAACUACGACCUCAAGAACCACAUGCGCAUCCACACGGGCGUGCGGCCCUACCAGUGCGAGUUCUGCUACAAGAGUUUCACGCGCUCCGACCACCUACACCGCCAUAUCAAGCGACAGAGCUGUCGCAUGGCACGGCCCCGGCGCGGCCGCAAGCCCGCCGCCUGGAGGGCCGCCAGCCUGCUCUUCGGGCCGGGUGGCCCCACGCCCGACAAGGCGGCCUUCGUGAUGCCACCCACGCUGGGUGACGUGGGGGGCCACCUGGGCGGCACGGCGGUGUGCCUCCCGGGCCCCAGCCCUGCCAAGCACUUCCUAACGGCACCCAAGGGCACCCUGAGCCUGCAGGAGCUGGAGCGGCAGUUCGAGGAGACGCAGAUGAAGCUGUUCGGACGUGCGCAGCUCGAGGCCGAGAGGAACGCAGGCGGCCUCCUGGCCCUGGCACUGGCCGAGAACGUGGCCGCCACGCGGCCCUACUUCCCGCUCCCCGACCCCUGGGCAGCCGGCCUGGCCAGCCUCCCUGGGCUCACUGGCCUCAACCAUGUGGCCUCCAUGUCUGAAGCCAACAACUAGGCUGGCCCUGGUCCACCCCACUCCAAGACCCUGACUCAAGUCCCUCUUAGGCCCGACCCGCCCCACCCAGUGGAUCUGAACUUUCUAGUUGGCAAACACAAUGGAAAAAGGAGAAAAUACAUGUUAGCUGCGCUGCUCUUUUCCCGGCCUUUGCAGGCAGCACCUCCCUUUUGCUGGAGUCUGAGAUGAGCAUCUCUUCCCUAAGGGUUGGGAGCCCCCGCCUCUCCCUGGCUGUCUCUGAUUCACAUAGAAACACACAGGGUGCCAUGUCUCAGAAGGCCCCCUGCGCUAGUGCCAGGAGCACUUUGCAGUGGUAUGGGGGAGGGGAGCAGUGAAGAGGGAGCACUCUGCCGGAAGGCAUGCCAGGAGGAGCCAGCAGGAGGACUGUGUCCUGGCCAGGCACCUUGGUUGAGCCAUACUGCCCUAUGGGGGAGUCCCUUCCAACACUGCUUUAGUCAGGAGUCAGGUUUCAGUUUAGAAGUCCCAGAUUCAAUUGAGCAAUGCUUCCCAGCCAUGGGGAAAGACCAUCCCACUGGGCAGACAGGCCUCCAGGAGCUAGAAGCUGGCAUGGAGAGAGCCCAUUUUAAAUGGGCUUGUCCUGUGACCUUGGGCAGGUCAACCCUCUGUGCUUCAGAGUCACCCUGCUGUGAAAGGGGGUGGUAACAUUCCCCUCCCCCUCUUCCAUACACAUUCACACCUGUUCCUAAAAAAAAAAAGAAA